AUGCCACGAAAGAACCGAACCCCCGAAUCCCUCGCUCUCAACCGCGAGAACCAGCGUCGUUCCCGUGCGCGACAGCGUGAACUCCUCGACGACCUACAGCGUCGGGUUCGCGAGUACGAGACCCGCGAUGGACAGGCUACUCUCGAGAUGCAGCGCGUAGCGAGGGCCGUCGCUGGUGAGAACGCCGCGUUGAGGAGUCUGCUCGCUUCGAAAGGGGUUGCUGCGGAUGAGGUUGAGGCCUAUCUCGAAGCUGUGAGGGCGGGAGUGUCGUCUGGCGCAUCUAUGGCGUGUACCCCUGCGUCGAAUUCACCUUGUGCUGCGUCACCGGUGAAAAUUGCCCCAAGGCCAGUAGCUUGCUCACAGCCCAGCGGAUGUGGUUCAAACGGCGCCAUUCCUGACCGUGCUCCAUGUUCUUCUCAAAGACAGCUCAAGGCACGCUCUUCCGCAACACCUACGCCAGCAGCACCAUCUCCACAACCCUGCAAACAAGAGACAGACGCACCCACGCUCAGCUGUUGCUCCCAACCACAGCCCGAAUCUCAGGAGACUUCAAAACCAAAGCCGGUGGACAAGAUCCACUGCAUGGAGGCUGCCACCAUUCUGGCUCAGAUUCGAGGAAAUUCCGAUAUCUCUCAGGCACGAGCUGCUCUCGGCUGUUCCAACAACGAUAAUUGCUUGGUCCGGAACACAGAUCUUCUAGACCUCAUGGAUGAGAUGACUUGA